AUGGAGGCGUGGAGGACCACCCCCAAGCAGCCGCUUAAAGGGGCAGCCGCCUGGGGCUGCAGGAGGACCCUCUGCACCAUGACGCCCUGGCUGCUGCCCCUGCUGCUGCUGCUCCUGGCCGGGCCCCCCGCCGUGUGGCCUGCACCCCCGACCUGCUACUCCAGGAUGCUGGGCCUGAGCCGGCAGAUCACCCGGGACUUCCAGAGCCUGCAGGCCACCGAGCCCUCGGAGCCGUGUGUGAGGUACCUGCCCAAGCUGUACCUGGACAUACACAACUACUGCGUGCUGGCCAAGCUGCGGGACUUCGUGGCCACCCCCCAGUGCUGGAGAGUGGCCCAGGUGGACGCCCUGAAGGAGAGGGUGCGGAAACUCUACACCAUCAUGAACUCGUUCUGCAGGAGGGACCUGGUGUUCCUGACCGACGACUGCGGCGCCUUGGAGUACCCGAUGCCGGCGACCACAGCCCUGCCCGACCACCAUGGCUAAGGCGGCCCAGCCCGGAGCCAGGACCCGAGGGGACGGGAUGACGUGGGGGCGGCCCAGCGCAACGGGCCACAGCCACGGCCCCCUCGGGUCUCCCUGUUUACUGUAGCAUCGCCAACUGUCACAUGUCUCCCCACCUUCUGGGAAGCAGGGCUUGCACCCCGACCCCGGGACUCCCCUUGAGCACAGAGGCCUUGCUUCCUCCCCCCCGGGCUGGCCUCGCCAGGACGCUUAGGCGCACAGAGCCGGCAGGCCGAGCCGACCACUGAGAAGAGCGCACACCGGCUCCUCGCGUCUGGACAAUGCAAGCUAGGGAGCAAGCAAAGCCGUGUGCAGAGCGCCCUCCACAUGCAGCGGCCGCACCGCUGUCCUUUCCCGACAGGACACACUUACAUGUAACCCAACUUCUGUGUCCUGCC